GAAUGCCAUGCGGUUAUUAUGGAAGGAGCACGUCAGCCACCCUUGUUGAAGCCUUCGUCAGCGCCGCCUUCCGCCGGUCGGCGCCGCCUGCCGCUGGUCGUCGCCGCCGUCACUGGCGCCGCCACUACCGUCACCGCCGUCGUUACAGCCGCUGCCGCCGCCCACACCGGUGUCGCCCCAACCACCACUGCCAUGUCUGACGCCGCCCCCACCAUACCGGUGUUGUUUCCUUUUAGCAAAACAACCAUGAGAGUUAGAUCUAGAAGCCACCACUGCAACUCCAAGCAUCACCAUCACCUCCACGACAUGAAUGCCAUAAAUCUGCCAUUAAGUUGGCAGAUUUGGUCUUCAAGAUCAAUUUAAAUCUUCCAUUUGUAUGGACUCUUAAAUCUGCCAACUUUGUUGGCAGAUUUAUCUUGGAAGAAUAACACAAAACUGCCAUAAAUUUGGCAAACACGUGAACUCAACAACCAAACAUUCAAAAAUCAAUUUUUUCAAAUAAUAAACACUUCAUUAGAAUCGAAAAUCACAAAUACGAAACUAAUGACAAAAAAAUUAAAAAAACAAUUUACACAAAAUCUAUUCUGCCAUAAUCGAUUGUCAGUGCGCUCAUUUCUGCCAUAAAUUUGGCAAAAUCUUAUGCCAUCAUCCAUUAUUCCAGCAAAUAAGGUUUUUUUUAAAGUAAAAAUCUGAAUCAGAAAUACAAAACAGAGGUCCAAAAAUCGGCCAAAUGAUGAAUGCCAAAUCUCAUAAAAACAGAAGAAUAUGAGUAAAAUCUGAAAAAUCAAUGUUAAAAGUCAAAAGAAGGAGAAGGAGGAGAAGGAGAAGGAGAAGGAGAAGGAGAAGAAGAAGAAGUGAAAAACCUGAAAUUCAGAGGAAAAUAAAGACAAUGAUGGUGGAAGGUAGAGGCGAUGAAGACGUAGAAGAGAGAGGAGAUGAAGGCGGAGGCGCCGAAGGUGGCGUGCGGCGAAGGUGGCCUGCGAUGAAAUCGGCAAAUCCGUGCAAGGGAGAAGGUGAGCUGCGGCAGCGGUGCUCCUUUGGUCGCGUCUGGAGAAAGCAACGAUGAAUUGUUUUUUGGAGAGAGAAGCUGCUAGAAAGGGGUAAAUAAGUGAAAG